AUGUCUGCACAGCCGGAUCAUGCCGCCUCCAAGCCCAAGGCAAAGCUGAAUGACCCCAGCGGCGCCGAGAAGCGGGAGGAGAAUGAUGUCGCCACCGCCAUUCUCAAGAAGAAGAAGAAGCCCAACAGCUUGAUUGUCACAGACGCCACCACCGAUGAUAACUCAAUUCUCGCCCUCAGUAACAACACCAUGGAGCAGCUACAGCUGUUCCGUGGUGACACCGUCCUCGUCAAGGGCAAGAAGAGAAAGGACACCGUGCUGAUCGUGCUCGCGGAUGACKAUCUCGACGAUGGCUCCGCGCGCAUGAACCGUGUGGUCCGCCACAACCUCCGCGUCAAGCUGGGCGAUGUGGUCACCGUCAACCCAUGCCCCGACAUCAAGUACGCCAAGCGCAUCGCCGUCCUCCCCAUGGCCGACACCAUCGAGGGCCUCACCGGCUCGCUCUUCGACGUCUUCCUCGCGCCAUACUUCCGCGAGGCCUACCGCCCACUCCGCCAGGGCGACCUCUUCACAUGCCGCGCCGCGAUGCGAACCGUCGAGUUCAAGGUGGUCGAGGUGGACGCUCCAGAGUAUGGAAUCGUUGCACAAGACACCGUGAUCCACUGCGAAGGCGACCCAAUUCAGCGCGAGGACGAGGAGGGCAACCUCAACGAGGUCGGAUACGACGACAUUGGUGGCUGCCGCARGCAAAUGGCCCAGGUCCGCGAGUUGGUCGAGCUUCCGCUGAGACAUCCUCAGCUCUUCAAGUCCAUCGGUAUCAAGCCGCCGCGCGGAAUUCUCAUGUACGGUCCGCCCGGUACUGGUAAGACGCUCAUGGCCCGCGCCGUCGCCAACGAGACGGGUGCCUUUUUCUUCCUCAUCAACGGACCCGAAAUCAUGUCCAAGAUGGCCGGUGAGUCGGAGAGCAAUCUGCGCAAGGCCUUUGAGGAGGCCGAGAAGAACAGCCCGGCCAUCAUCUUCAUUGACGAGAUCGACUCGAUCGCGCCCAAGCGUGACAAGACUAACGGUGAAGUCGAGCGCCGCGUCGUCUCGCAACUUCUCACUCUCAUGGACGGCAUGAAGGCCCGCGCCAACGUCGUGGUCAUGGCCGCCACCAACCGCCCCAACUCGAUCGAUCCCGCUCUUCGUCGUUUCGGCCGCUUCGAUCGUGAAGUCGAUAUCGGCAUCCCCGACCCCACCGGCCGUCUGGAGAUUCUCCAGAUUCACACCAAGAACAUGAAGCUGGGYGAUGAUGUCGAUCUCGAGCAAAUCGCCGCUGAGACGCACGGAUACGUCGGUUCGGAUAUCGCUUCCCUCUGCUCCGAAGCCGCCAUGCAGCAGAUUCGCGAGAAGAUGGACCUGAUCGACCUCGACGAGGACACCAUCGACGCGGAAGUCCUCGACAGCUUGGGUGUGACCCAAGAAAACUUCAGCUUCGCUCUGGGCAUCAGCAACCCAUCUGCUCUUCGCGAGGUUGCCGUGGUGGAGGUGCCCAACGUCCGCUGGGAGGAUAUCGGUGGUUUGGAAGAUGUCAAGCGCGAGCUCAUCGAGAGCGUGCAAUACCCCGUCGACCACCCCGAGAAGUUCCUCAAGUUUGGUCUCAGCCCAUCCCGUGGUGUCCUCUUCUACGGACCACCAGGUACCGGUAAGACUCUUCUCGCCAAGGCCGUCGCCAACGAGUGCGCGGCCAACUUCAUCUCGGUCAAGGGACCCGAGCUUCUCAGCAUGUGGUUUGGUGAGUCGGAAAGCAACAUCCGUGACAUUUUCGACAAGGCUCGUGCCGCUGCUCCCUGUGUCGUCUUCCUCGAUGAGUUGGACUCCAUCGCCAAGUCGCGUGGUGGCUCCAACGGUGAUGCCGGUGGUGCAUCGGACCGUGUGGUCAACCAGCUCCUUACCGAAAUGGACGGCAUGACCAGCAAGAAGAAUGUCUUUGUCAUCGGCGCCACCAACCGUCCAGAGCAGCUCGACAACGCCCUCUGCCGUCCCGGUCGUCUCGACACCCUCGUCUACGUUCCCCUCCCCGACCAGGCCGGACGUGAGAGCAUUCUCAAGGCUCAGCUCCGCAAGACCCCGGUCGCACCCGAUGUCGAUAUCGCCUUCAUCGCCAGCAAGACCCACGGCUUCUCCGGUGCCGACUUGGGCUUCAUCACGCAGCGCGCCGUCAAGCUCGCCAUCAAGGAGAGCAUCGGCAUUGCCGUUGAGAAGGAGAAGGCUCGUGAGGCUGCCGCCGGCGAUGGCGAUGACAAGAUGGAUGAGGAUGUUGAUGAGGAGGACCCUGUGCCCGAGCUCACCAAGCGUCACUUUGAGGAGGCCAUGGCCAUGGCUCGUCGUUCCGUCACCGACACGGAGAUUCGGCGGUACGAGGCUUUCGCUCAGAGCAUGAAGAACACUGGAGGUGGCAGCGCCUUCUUCCGUUUCCCUGAGGGCACCGAUGGUGGUGCGGCCGAGCAGCAGAAUGGUGGCGAGGAGGACCUUUACGAUUAG